AUGGCAGUUGUGGACUGUGAGCUGGAGAAGGAAUUGAAACAAUUCGAUGAAACGAAAGCUGGUGUCAAAGGCCUGGUAGACGCUGGGGUGACCAAGCUCCCAAGAAUGUUCAGACACCCUCCAGAGACCCUACCUUCCCCCAACCAAAACAAUGGCGUUGACUCCAACCUCCAAGUUCCUGUCAUUGAUCUCAAGGAUGUCGACAUCUGCGAGAGGCGAAAAGAGAUCAUCAACGACCUUCGAAAAGCAGCUGAAGAAUGGGGUUUCUUUCAGAUUGUGAAUCAUGGAAUUCCAAUUGCUGUCAUGGAUGAGGUGCUCAAGGGUGUUCGAGGUUUUCAUGAGCUUCCCCAGGAGGCCAAGGAGGAGUGGUAUUCGCGCGAUUUUAAGAAGAAGGUCAACUUCUUCAGCAAUGGAGAAUUGAAGGUUUCGACCCCGGCUGAUUGGAGAGACACCUUGUCAUGCAAGGUCCUAGAAGAUGAAUGUAACUUUGAAGCCAUCCCCGAAGUUUGCAGAGAGCAGAUACGCGAGUAUAUGAAAUACAUCGUUAAAGUGCAAGAGAAGCUAUCCAAAUUAUUUUCGGAAGCUUUAGGGCUGGACAGUGAUUACCUUGAGAACCUAAGGUGCUUCAAAUCGAGGUCACUGGCAUGCCACUAUUACCCGGUUUGCCCCGAUCCCCAUUUGACUCUAGGCGGUACCAGGCACUCCGACCUCGGCUUCCUCACCUUGCUCCUCCAAGACAGCAGCGGCCUGCAAAUUCUUCAUGACAAUGUUUGGAUCGACGUGCCCCCAGUUGAGGGAGCUUUGCUUACCAAUCUUGCCGACAUGUUGCAGAUUGUUACUAAUGGCAAGUUCAAGAGUGUAGAGCACAGAGUUUUGAUGCCAGCGACCCUCGAGCCUCGUACAUCAAUUGCAUGUUUUGUUGGUACCGACGACCUCCAGAAACCAUAUGGGCCGAUAAAGGAGCUUAUUUCCGAAGACAAUCCAGCAAUUUACAAAGAAGUUCUAUUUGGAGAAUACAUGAACCGUUACAAACUAUAG